AUGACCUCGCCGGCCAUCCGCAUUCCCUUUACGGGUCCACUGCCUCCCGCUCUGAUCAUCCCACCCUCGGCCAAAACCAUUGCGGGAGCUAUCGAUGCCGUGAGCACCUUCCUCGCCUCGCCGCCCUCCUUCCACCUCCGAGGCGUCGAUGUGGGCAGCAAUACCCAGACCGUACUCUUGACGGGCGCCGGCAUCUCCGUCGCCUCGGGUCUGUCAGACUAUCGAGGAGACCAAGGCACCUAUCGUCGCAACACCUCCUACCGACCCAUCUACUUCCAUGAAUUUACCGCACGUCAUGAAGCGCGCAAGCGAUACUGGGCACGUAGUUUCGUGGGCUGGCCGGGUCUCGUGAGUGCGAGGCCGAAUUCCACACACCAUGCCAUUCGGGACCUCGGAGUCAAGGGCUACAUCAGUUCUGUGGUGACGCAGAAUGUCGAUUCCUUCCACUCCGUCGCCCAUCCAGACUUGUCGACCAUCGAAUUACAUGGCUACUUGCGCUCGGUGGUCUGUGUCAGCUGUCGUAACCAGUUCUCGCGCCAAGAGUUUCAAAACUCGCUGGAGCGACUGAAUCCGGCGUGGGCCGAGUUCCUGGCUCGCAUGGUCGAGGUUGGUGCACUCGACACCAGAAAUCCCGAGGAGCAACGCAAGAAGGGCUUCAAACUGAACCCGGACGGUGAUGUCGACUUGCCGCAGGCCCCCUACUCCACGUUCCGGUAUCCUUCCUGUCCCACCUGUCUAGAGAAACCACCGCGGUUGAAGGAUGGGACGCCCGCCCGUGUGGAAGUAGAAAGCGACGGGGCCUGGUUGCCCACGUCCAACGCGGGCAUCCUCAAGCCCGCGGUGAUCAUGUUUGGCGAGAACAUCGAUCCGGCGGUGAAGACGGCGGCGGAAGAAGCCAUCGACGACGCCGGGCGCUUACUUGUGCUGGGCAGCAGUCUGGCGACCUACUCGGCGUGGCGGCUGGUGGAACGAGCCUAUAAACGGGGCAUGCCGAUUGGCAUCAUCAACGUGGGAGGCGUCCGUAAUGAGACGAUGCUCUUUGGGGAUCCAGAGUUAGGCUUGAGCUCCAAGCUGGGCGGGACUACGACUGGCCAUGUGCGCUGCAGCCAUCCCACUCAGGACAUCUUACCGACCGUGGUGUCGAUGCUGCCUGACAAUCCACGGUGA